AAAAAUGCUGAGAGCUCUCACUCUCAGACGCUCCGUCGAGUCCCUCCACCACCACAACCACCUGAGAGCCAUAACUCCCACCACCGUCCCGCAAAACCCACUGACCCAAGUAAGCUCCACACGCGCAUUAUCCACUCUCUCAUCGCCGUCAUCUCCGGCACCAUCUUCCUCAUCGUCCGAGCUCCGCAAGUACUUGGGCUACACCGCCCUCGUCCUGUUCAGCGCCGCCGCCACCUACUACUCCUUCCCUUUUCCCGAAAACGCCAAACACAAAAAAGCCCAGAUUUUCCGGUAUGCUCCGCUGCCGGAGGAUCUCCACACCGUCUCCAACUGGAGCGGGACCCACGAGGUCCAGACCCGGGUUUUCCACCAGCCCGAAACGCUUGAGGAGCUGGAAAAGGUUGUGAAGGAUGCCCACGAGAAGAAAUCCCGGAUUCGGCCGGUUGGGUCGGGAUUGUCGCCGAAUGGGAUUGGAUUGUCCAGGGCUGGUAUGGUCAAUCUGGCGCUGAUGGAUAAGGUUUUGGAGGUGGAUAAGGAGAAGAAGAGGGUGAGAGUGCAGGCUGGGAUAAGAGUGCAGCAGUUGGUGGAUGGGAUUAAGGAACAUGGGAUUACUCUGCAGAACUUUGCCUCCAUUAGGGAGCAGCAGAUUGGUGGCAUUUUGCAGGUUGGUGCACAUGGCACUGGUGCAAGAUUGCCUCCGAUGGAUGAGCAGGUGAUCAGCAUGAAACUGGUCACACCUGCUAAGGGAACAAUAGAAGUUUCUAAAGAGAAAGAUCCGGAGCUGUUUUAUUUAGCCCGCUGUGGCCUUGGUGGCCUUGGAGUGGUUGCUGAAGUCACCAUCCAAUGUGUUGAUAGACAGGAGCUUGUGGAGCACACUACUGUUUCAACCAUGGCAGAGAUCAAGAAAAAUCAUAAGAAAUUGCUAUCCGAGAAUAGACAUGUGAAGUACCUUUACAUUCCAUAUACCGACACUGUUGUGGUUGUGAAAUGUAACCCUGUAUCAAAAUGGAAAGGUCCCCCGAAGUUCACACCCAAAUAUAGCAGUGAUGAAGCCAUACAGCACGUUCGAGAUCUCUACAGGGAAUGCCUCCAGAAAUACAGGGUAGUUCCAGAUAAGAGUGAAGUAGACAUGAAUGAGCUCUCAUUUACUGAGUUAAGAGAUAAACUACUCGCCCUAGAUCCUCUCGACAAAGAUCACGUUGCAAAGGUUAACCAAGCUGAGGCUGAGUUCUGGAAGAAGUCGGAGGGGUACAGAGUGGGAUGGAGUGAUGAAAUUUUGGGCUUCGAUUGUGGUGGUCAACAGUGGGUCUCAGAGACUUGUUUUCCAGCAGGAACCCUAGCCAAACCAAGCAUGAAAGACCUUGAAUACAUAGAAGGUGUAAAGCAGCUCAUCGAGAAGAAUGAGAUACCUGCACCUGCUCCAAUAGAGCAGCGCUGGACCGCCUGCACUAAGAGCCCCAUGAGUCCAGCUUCAAGCACAAGAGAGGAUGAUAUAUUUUCAUGGGUUGGUAUAAUCAUGUACCUUCCUACAACAGAUCCCCGUCAAAGAAAGGAAAUUACAGAAGAGUUUUUUCACUACAGGCGACUGACCCAAACACAAUUGUGGGAUAAGUAUUCCGCGUAUGAACACUGGGCUAAGAUUGAGGUUCCGAAGGACAAGGAUGAACUUGCUGCUCUCCAGGACAGACUAAGAAAGCGAUUUCCAGUUGAUGCAUACAACAAAGCUCGAAGGGAGUUGGACCCUAACAGGAUCCUUUCAAAUAGCAAGCUGGAAAAGCUUUUCCCAUUAUCAGAUACCAUCUGACAGC